UUAAAGCAAAUCCACCCAAAUUCAUCCAAUUUUUUUAGCCUUUUCUUUCCAAUAAUAAACUUUGACAGUUUUUAGCUUAAAAUAUGCAAGAAGGUGCCCAAUCAGCUCAGGCCAAUACUAAAAGCACUCCUGAGGAUCAAGAAUGGGAACAAUUCAAGGCCAAGUAUAAUAAAUCUUAUGCGUCAAAAGAAGAGGAAAAUUAUCGAAGAUCAAUUUUUGAAAAAACAGCGAAAGACAUUAAGGCUCAUAAUGAAGCGUUUGAAAGAGGUGAAAACACUUGGACCCAAGGAAUCUACGAGUGGGCGGAUUUGACGUCCGAGGAGUUCAAAGCAACUCGUUGUGGCCUUCGAAGCUCUCCAAAAAAAUAACAAUAUUAGUUUCCAUUCUGAAACAAUUUCGACCUCAAGCCAUUCUGUAUAAAAUUAAAAUAAAAUAUGUUAUUACAAGCUA